UACCUGACACAGUGACACUUCUCUUCAACUGAGCGGCGGAUUGAACAGGUCUACAGGCGCGCUCCCGCACGCCCCGCGAAGGCUUUUCUCGACAAGCUUCAGCAGCGGCGCAGUCGACCAGCCGACCACCAGGCACCAGCCCACCGCCAAACGUAGGAUGGCGGCGGAGACUAAACCGGCUGCGGCCAGCGGGGUUGCCGGCGAGAUGGAGGUGGAGGCGUACCGCCGCCUUUUCCCGGUGGCCUUCCUUGAGCGCCACCUCGGCGAGUCCGUCCGCAUCGAUGCCCGCCGCCUCAGAGAGGCCCGCCCCACCACCGUCGCCCUCGGCGCCGUCUCCUCCGCGCAUGGUUCCGCUCUCGCCCGCCUUGGCGACACCGCCAUGCUCGCGUCGGUCAAGCUCGAGGUGAUGUCGCCCCCGGCGGAGCACCCAGACGAAGGAUCCGUCGCUGUUGAGUUCCACAUGCCGCCUAUCUGCUCCCCGCUGGUUAGGCCAGGCCGACCCACUGACGUUGCACCCGUCAUCUCCAAGGCCCUUGAAGACGUUUUGACGAGUUCUGGAAUGCUAAAUUUGAAGGACCUCUGUUUGAUCACUGGGAAGGCUUCUUGGCUAGCGUACCUGGAUAUCUAUUGCUUGAAUGCUGAUGGGUCUCUGUUUGAUGCUGCACUUAUUUCAGCAGUGGCUGCCUUCACACAUUUGUUUAGGUUGGUAGUCAAAUUAUCAGCUCUGCUGUGCUCACCUCUUCAAAUAAUGGAGAUUCCUUUAGUUUCUGUUGGUGAUGAUGGUAGAUUAUUUACUGUUGGAGGCAAUGAUGGAAAAAACAAAUUUGAAUUAGUAAACAGAGAAAAGAGGAAACUGACACUUGGUGCCAUUCCAUUGUCCCUUACAUGUGCACUUCAUAAAGAUGAAAUAUUAGCGGACCCAACUUCUGAAGAAGAAUCGAUAAUAGAGACCUAUGUGACUGUUGUUGUAGAUUCUUCAGACCGCCUAGUGUCAUUACAAAAACUUGGAGGUGCAGUGACAUGCAUGGCGACUAUUAAGGAGUGCAUUAGCUUGGCGAAAGAAAGGAGACGGAGCCUAAGAGAAAUUCUGUUAGACUCUAUCAAAGCCAUGGAAGUCGACCAAACUGAAUAAUUCUACAAAUAGAUUCAGUUAAUCUAACCGGACUACAUCUUGAUGGUUUCUCUCUGCCUCGGCUGUACUGGUUGUAACAGCAGUUUUGUUGAUUUAGGCAAAGUAUGUAGCUAUUUGUACUCUACAGUCUACACAUAAUUCUUCACUUAAGUAGCCUGGCGAUUUUGUUUGACGAGCAUGUCUGCAAUGCAUCUUUUUCGCGACUUGGCAUCUUUGUAACACCCUAAUUCACAUUUUGCAAUAUUUUAUUUUAUUUUUUAUAAUCAAUUAGAACUACUGCA